GUCAUGAGAUGUGUAAUGCACAGCAAACUCAUCUUUGUCUGAGGUUUAUGAGGUGUGACAUGUUUGACAGGUACUCACAGGAUGAAGUCAAGUGGAACAAAUUCCAAGACAGUAUGGAGGCAUUUAGGGUAUCGACAGCCUGAGACAGUUAACAGAUCCAGCAACUUGGCUACAACUUGUAUUUGUUCCGCUGUUUUCCUUUUAGUUAUGUAUCCCGAGUUUGUUUAUUAACCUUCAUUUUCAUUUAAAGAGUUUCUAAGUUUAACCCAUAUCAUAAUCCAAUCAGUGUUUCAUUUUGAAUUACCCUUAAAUAUGUGACAUGGCUUUCUUGAUUCAAAGGUGCACUGUGUUACAGGGCAACAGUAAGUGUCUUAUGAUAUCAGUUAUACAGCAGUUAUGGCUUAGGAGUAGGGAAGAAAGUCCAUGGACAUAUCACACAGAGCUUCAUGAAGCAUGUCCAGCUUUACCAAAGAUGUGUUCAUGUUGCACUGAAUCAAACUGUGAGUUAAGAAUAUUUUCAGUCCUCCAGUUUCAACCAUUCAGAGAAGUUUCCUCCUCUUUCACUUUGCAGUGUGACUCCCCAAAGAUCCGUCGUUGACACGCUUCAUUUGCACGGAGCUCACCAGAGGCUACUUCCUGGAGCACAAUGAGGCAAAGUACACCGAGCGCAGAGAGAGAGUUUACACAUGUAUGCGUAUUCCCAAGGAGCUUGAGAAGCUGAUGAUAUUUGGCUUCUUCUUGUGUGUGGACGCCUUCCUGUACGUCUUCACUCUGCUGCCCCUCAGGGUGCUGCUGGCCCUGCUCCGCCUCCUCACCCUGCCAUGCUGUGGCUUCAGUGGGUCCCGGCUGCUGCAGCCAGCGCAGGUGUGUGACAUGCUGAAGGGCUUGAUCCUGGUGCUGUGCUUCUCCAUGAUGCAUUAUGUAGAUUACUCCAUGAUGUACCACCUGAUCAGAGGACAGUCUGUCAUCAAACUCUACAUCAUCUACAACAUGUUGGAGGUGGCAGAUCGCCUCUUCUCCUCCUUCGGUCAAGACAUCCUGGAUGCUCUCUACUGGACAGCUACAGAACCCAAAGAACGGAAAAGAGACAGUAUAGGAGUCAUCCCUCACUUCCUCAUGGCCGUUUUUUAUGUUUUCCUCCAUGCCAUCCUCAUCAUGGUCCAAGCCUCCACCCUCAAUGUCGCCUUCAACUCACACAACAAGUCCUUGCUCACCAUCAUGAUGUCCAACAACUUUGUGGAGAUAAAAGGAAGUGUGUUCAAGAAAUUUGAGAAGAACAACUUAUUCCAAAUGUCCAACAGUGAUAUCAAGGAACGGUUCACCAGCUACGUUCUCCUGCUCAUCGUUUGUCUCAGGAAUAUGGAGCAGUUCUCAUGGAACCCAGACCACCUUUGGGUGUUGUUCCCUGAUGUCUUUAUGGUCCUCACCUCUGAAGUUGCUGUCGACAUCAUUAAGCAUGCUUUCAUCACCAAGUUCAACGACAUCACUGCAGAUGUGUACAGUGAAUACAGAGCCAGUUUGGCUUUUGAUCUUGUCAGCAGUCGACAGAAGAACGCUUGUACAGACUACAGUGACUCAGUGGCUCGGAGGAUGGGCUUCAUCCCUCUGCCUUUGGCUGUUCUGCUUAUCCGAGUGGUCAUGAGUUCGGUAAAGGUGCAAGGAGCACUGUCAUACACGUGUGUGUUCCUUUUUUAUCUUGGGCUGGUUACACUGAAGGUGUUGAACAGUAUUGUGCUGCUGGGAAAGUCGUGUGUUUACGUCAAGAGGGCCAACAUGGAGGACAAACUGUUUGAGAGGCCCUCGACAGCCCCAUCCUCGUCUGCCAAGAGCCCCAGCAAAGCUGACCAGGCCACGUGUCCAGCACCUUCAGGUGAAUCAAAGGUGGAGCAGAUUCCUGUCCCACCUUGCAGCACACCAUCCUCUUCCUCUUCUUCCUCGGUGACCACCCAGCCGACUCCCAGGACUGACUUGUUUCCUCCCCCGCCCACCGAAGCCCCGCCCGCUGCACCAGCUAGCCAUCCUCCAACCCCACUACCUGAAGCUGAGCAACCCGCACCCUCAAUCCCCAAAGAGGAGGAGGGGGAGGCACAAGGAGCCUCUGAACUGAAGCACAGGACUCCCAAAAAGGACCUGCUGGAGAUCGACCGUUUCACAAUCUGUGGUAACCGCAUCGACUGACCGGCGGGAUGUAGCGAUCAACCACUCAGGAAAGACGGAGAGCAAACGGCGCCUCAGCCUGGCUCUCCUGGCCAACAGCAGCAGAAAGCUGAGUAUUUAUUAAAGUCAGUGGCAAUACAGUAAGUUAUUGUGAACGUGGACACACAGUGUCAGACGAUCCUGCUGUUGUUGAUGCCUAAAGUCGACGAGUUUCAUAAAGAAAACUUCAGCUGGCUUAUUAACAGCGGGAGAAAGAGAAUGUGACUGAGGCAGCCCAGUCGUCAGGAUGAACUGGCGUGUGUGUGUGUUUGUGUGUUUGUGUGUGUGUGUGUGAGAAAGUGUUAGGAUGGUUCAGUAUUUAGAGUGAAUAUGCAGGUGUGAGGGUGUGUGAGAUUGCGUACGUGUGAGCGUGAGAGCACACAAGCACUUCCUGUCUGAGCAGCACUGGGACCAGAAGUCAGAAGUUUCUCAGUUCGCUCAGCAGCCAGAAAACAGACAAACUUCCAGAUUCUAUUAAAAGUAACAGCAGAAUCAUUUUUCACUGUAUCAAAUGUUUACUUUUUCCUCAAGAAAACUUUAUUUCAAAAAGUUUUUUUUUUUUUUAUAUUGGGUGUCAUCCAACAUAUCAACCCAAUACGAUACUGAGGUUACAACAAUUCAGCUUAGAAAUGUAGAUCUGAAAUCUGUGUGAAGGCUUCUAAGAAGUUCCUUUAAACACGGGACUUUACACCAGUGGUUCCCAACCUGAAGGUCAUGACGCUCACUAAAAUAGUAAUAAUGUAAGAUAAGUCUGGUGGGUCACGAUGAUUAACAAAACUUUUUUUGCCCUUUUUUUGGUGAAUUAACUAGAUAAUCUUACCUUAUCGGGUCUCUGAAACAGAAAAACAGAAAUAUAAUCACUUUUUGGUUGAACAGGGUUGACAGACAUACAACUGGUGAUGAAGGGUUUUUAAAUAAGGGGUCACGAGCCGAAAAGGUUGGGAAACACUGCAAUAAGCAGUCACACACUGUUAGUAUUAGAGUCUAUGCAUUGCUGCUUGCUCCAUUACCUGGUGAAUACAGAGUAUAUACCUCAGUGAGACUAGUCUGAAAAUUGAAGUGAUGCAUCUUUUUAAUUUCCAGCAUAGUUUUGAUAGCGUUGUGAAGUCGACUGAGAACAGCGACUUUUAAAUUAGAGCCUUAAGUAGAGCCUUUCGUUUACACAGCCAACAGAUAAAGCCAUUUGCAGUCCACACUGCGCCCGCAGCGACUGAAGGACCUUUCAUUACAGAACCAGUCAGCGUACGACAUUAACAGAAGCUGCCGGUCAAAUGCUGGUAAAUUCUGACUGCUGACACUAAAUCUGCUGCUUCUACCGGCUGAUUACGCAGCCAGACAUCUUUCAGAGGUCCGCUUUAAAAAACAGAAAAGAAAAUUUGCUUUUAGGUUGAAAGAUGCUACAAAAUGCAGAUAAACAUUGGAGAUAAAGUUCAUUUCUUUCUUGUCUAGGAUGCAUUGUUUUCCAUUAUAUCUAUAUCUCCUUUUUAGGCAGAGAAAAACAUUCAUUAUUAGAAAUCCAUCAUUUAAAAUGAUAGUGGAAAAGGGUCAUCACUUUGACUAAUAUGACGCAGCAUCCUUCAACAAGUAACCAACGUCUGUCGCUUUGUUAAAGAAAUAGUAUUUCAUGUUUCAUUACUUCUGAUCUUGUGAAUGUUUGCACUGAUGGACCGUAUUGUGUUAAAUUUUGCUACACGACAGGUCACGUUUCUCAUUCGACUCUCAAGUAAUGUCAUCUAAGUGUGGACGUCUUAGGAUGAUAGAAGCAAUAUUUCCACAACAAAUUGCCUUUUUUUUUUUUUUUUUGCAUGUGAAUUUUAAGACUUAUUUUGUUGACUGACUUGUGAAGUUGUUUGUUAUGAUUUAGCCUUUUCUUUUAUUGCAAAAAAAAAUCUAUAAAUACAGUAUCUACCCUACAAUAUAACGCCUUCACCAUUAAGCUUUCAUUUGUGACUCAUGUAUGUAAUGGAGUCUAAGUAAAGUAUAAUAUAAUAUUCCUGAAAUUAUAUCAGUUUUAGAAUUUGAUUUCAGGCUAUGAAGUUCCAGCAGCCGUGCCAAAUAUUUCAGUUGUGUCUGAGCUCUUCAGUCACUUUUGUUAAUCUGACCUAAAUUUGUUGAAAUCGAUCAAUAAUGGUACAUCACGUAGCGCUUUGCAUUUAUUAGAAUAGUCGCAGCACUUUGAAGAAUUCUAAAGAUAGAUACAUGACAUGACUGAUACUGAAUGUAAUUAUUAAAGUUGUUAAUUAUCAACAGUCUCAAAACAAAUGAUUUUAAAAUCUACCUUCUAGUGCACUCGUCUAAUCACUUACUUUAUUUGGGACUUUAAAAGGUACUUUUCUGCCCUGUUAAAUGCACUCUAUAACAUAUGACAUCAUAAUAUAUUUAAAGUUGCUUUGGUAAAAGCUGUCAUAAUGUCAUAUUUUACAUUAAGCAGUAGGAAAAUGUACAUAGUGUAAAACAUAUCAGCAUUUAUUUGAUUCAGUUUUGGAAAAAAAAAAGGCUCUUUUUAAUGUUCAUUACCAUUGUAAUAAUUAAGAUAGUUCUAUUUUUGGAGCUGCCAAGUUGUGAUAUGAUAAUAUUUUUUUGCGCAUGAAACUUGACUCGUGGUUUUGUGAAACGCCUCGUCUCUACUGGCCUGAGCUCAGUGUCACUGUGGUCCAUCUGGCUCACAGAGCGUCUCCACUGUCAGCUGGCUGAGCCUUUCGCUGGUUCCAGUCUGCAGCGGAGAUCAAGCUGUUCCUGACUGAACCACAGCUGGACCCGACCGGGCUCGACUCAGCUAAUGGAGACGAGGCAGAAGUGUUCUUAUGCGAGCUGCGAUGGUCUGGUACACUGCCUGCUUUGUCUCAUCAGUUUGGUUCCUUAUUUAAUUCCUACCUUGAUAUCCUAUGCCCCCUUUUGGAUUAAUAAAAGUUGGUUUCUCAA